CGCACUGACCGGCUCCUCAGUUGAGUGACAACACUGAGCGCGGUACGCCAGGACCAGACCUGCAUUGUCGAUUUAUAUCUCGUUUUUUCUAGCGAAAACGCGAGACCCGGAUUCAUUUACAGACAGAGGUAAUAUUCCGGAUUGUUGCUAUGGAAGCAUUGGUUGAGCGACUGGAGCGGGCUGUGAUUCGUCUGGAAGUGGUGGCAGCCAAACUGCAGAACUGUCCUGGAGGAUUAGUCAAUGGUGACAUCAGGAACAUAAUUAAUGGAGGUGAAAUCCAGAGCAUGGAGGCAUUCAACCAUUUGUUAAGUGGACCAGUAUCUGAAUACAUGAACUGUAGCACAGCUAUCGGUGGAGAUGUGGCAAAGCAUGCCGAGAUGGUCAACAAUGCCCUGCAGGUCCAGCGUACCUUCCUCAAAAUGGCCAUUACACACCGGGAGCCGUCGAAGACAGAGCUGAACGACCUCCUCAGACCCCUCUCCGAGCAGAUCCAGGAAGUCCAGAGUUUCCGGGAGAAGAACCGAGGUAGCAGCCUGUUCAACCACCUGUCUGCAGUGAGUGAGAGCAUCCCUGCGCUGGGCUGGGUGGCUGUGUGUCAGAAACCAGGGCCCUAUGUGAAGGAGAUGAAUGAUGCCGCAAUGUUUUACACCAACAGAGUGCUAAAAGAUUACAAAGACACUGACCCUCGGCAUGUCGAGUGGGUUCGUUCCUAUCUGAGCAUCUGGACUGAACUUCAGAUCUUCAUCAAGGAUCAUCACACCACUGGGCUGGUCUGGAACAAGGCUGGUCCUGUCGCCCCUACCUCACUCUCUUCUUCUGAUGGUCCUUGCCCUCCUCCUCCUCCACCACCUCCAGGACCUCCUCCAGCGUUCCUGGAUGACAUCUCUAAACCAGACACCACAACGCCCCAACACUCAGCUCUCUUCGCACAGCUUAACCAAGGGGCGGCCAUCACCCAAGGUUUGAAGCAUGUGUCUGAUGAGCAGAAGACGCAUAAGAACCCAGCGCUGCGUACUCAGGACAAAACGCAGGCCUCUCCGUCCAAUAGUCAGAGCUCCACCUCAACUGCUCAUGCACCUGCCAAGAAACAUUCCCCAGUUCUGGAGCUUGAAGGAAAGAAGUGGAGGGUGGAGUACCAGGAGCAAGCUCAUGACCUCGUGAUAGAGGAGACCGAACUCAAACAGGUGGUUUAUGCAUUCGGCUGUAGCAAUUGCACACUCCAGAUCAAAGGGAAAGUCAACUCCAUCAUACUGGAUAAUUGUAAGAAGUUUGGACUUGUGUUUGACAAUGCGGUGGGCAUUGUUGAAAUAAUCAACUCGAGAGAUGUUCGACUUCAGGUACUGGGAAAGGUUCCUACCAUUUCCAUUAAUAAGACUGAGGGUUGCCAUGUGUACCUGAGCAAGGAUUCGCUUGACUGUGAGAUCGUCAGUGCCAAAAGUUCUGAAAUGAACAUCCUCGUUCCUGAUGGAGAAGAUGAUUAUAGGGAGUUUCCAGUUCCAGAGCAGUAUAAAACGCUUUGGGACGGGUCGUGUUUGGUCACAGAGCCCACAAAGAUUGCUGGGUGAUUCCUCAUCAUUCCCAGCUCAUCACUACUUUCCUUCUACCCAGAAUUCUUCACCCUUUCACUGUAUCGCACUGUCAGAUAAAGCUGUUAGAUGAGAAUUCAUACUUUGUGGUUGUGAGAGUUGUAGUUUUAUGGUCAGAUAGUUAAAGAUAGGAGUGAAGUAUUUACAAAUACAAUUUGUCCCCUUAAUUCUAAUGUGUUAAUCUGCAUUUAUCUGUCAUCCACCCAAAGUGCUGUUUCUUGUCAAAAUGUUAAGUCAUUUAUUUAUUGUAAUUAUAGGAAUAUUAUUAAAUAAACACAUAUUCGUACAUUUUCUUGACUGCAUAAAUGGUCAGUUCACUACAUUCUCUUCCUACAACAUAGUUCUUAAUAAAUUUAGUGGAUUAUUUGAUGGACUAGACUAAGUUUGGUUGGUUGUUAAUUGAAUAAUAUUAAUUUUGCUUACUUUACAGAAAAAUGGGUCAUUUCUGUUUCAUUCAGUCAGGUUUGACAUUUCCUGCUGUUUACACAUCCCAUCUUACAUAUUUCCGUCCACACAAAGUCUUUUUAGAGUAAAUUCAGUGGUCAAGUUAUACGGUUGGGUACAAUUGAAAGCAGAGAAGUCAAUGGAUAUCACUAUAAUCAAAACUUUGCGAUAAUUGGUCUUUGUUGUGCAAAUGAACGAGUGCCUUUGAGGAGAUUUUUUUUAUAAGAUUUUAUAUUGCUUUAAUGUAGUUUUAAUUUGUUUAUUACCUCAGACCCACAUUUCUGAACUUUCCUCUUUAGUCAAAAAAUUACAUUGACUGAAAUAUGCAUGAGAUGUCAUUAAAUGAUGAUCGGAAGGUAAUGACUGAUCGAUUAUGCUAUAACCUAAAUAAGGCAGAUUUGGGUAUCAAUUCAUUUGUCUAGUCCGUUCAACUGCGUCCUAGUUGUUCUUAUUUUGCACUUCCAUCUUGGCAUCUGUCUAUAAAUAUGCAGAAUGCAUUAAAUGUUUAUUCAGCAGGAAAGCAUUUAACACUUUUUUGACUUUAUGCCAACAUGUGUUAAUAUGUAGCAAUCUUCAGUCCUUAUAAGGGAUUAUGUUACAUUUGUUUGGUUAGUGGGCAGACAGCAUUCACCUAAACAUUAUUACUGUAAUGCAAAUGAAUCAAUUAUUCUUAAACACAAAGUGGAAUUUGUGUACAAUGCAUCAAAUCAGGCUUAAAUUGUAUUUUGCCAGUACAAGGUAUAUUCAUUGUACCAUAUAAGAGCAAAUAAAAUUGUGAACCCGUU